UGAGUGCUGCUGCUGCCUCACAAAAGGCAAUGGCUCAGCUUCACCUGCGCGAAUGUGGAGCUGCGGUGGCCUUGCAACUCCCCCCCCCUUCCCCUUUCCCUACCUUCUUCCCCUCUCUUGCAACUCCUCCUCCUCCUCCGCUACCUCUGUCUCUCUGUCUCUCUCUGUUGCACACACACUGCCGCUCCUCUGCACUUUCCAUUCUCUUCCUCUCUCUCUCCCUUUCUGCCAGGGAUUGUGAGUCGACGGAUAGGGAAGAAUGGCGACGUCAAUUGCGCAAGCGAGUCGCCUCGGCCAGGCGUCUGCUCUGGUGCAAUCCUGCUCCUGCCGUGACGUGGAGGGCACAUCCAGAAGGCCCGUCGGUGGUGUUGGAUCGUUCUCUGGCCUUAAGAAUGUUAGAGAUCUUCCUCUCUCCUCGGUAGUAGGUGACUGUGCCUCCCAGAGAGAGGCUUUGAAGCGUCCCGCAUUUGCCACCAGCUCAGUCAACACUGGAGGCCGCAAGGCGGUUGUUGCUAUGGCAAAUUCCGCAGCGCAACAAGCAGCCAUGGCGUCGGGUACCCCGGUCCGCUCCACCAGCAUCCUCGUAAUUGGUGCAACGGGAACCUUGGGCAGACAGGUCGUGAGGCGGGCUCUUGACGAAGGUUAUGAUGUACGGUGCCUCGUCCGGCCUCGCCCAGCUCCCGCCGAUUUUCUUCGUGAUUGGGGGGCCACAGUCGUCAAUGGCGAUUUGAGCAAACCUGAGACAUUGCCAGCCGCACUUGUCGGAAUCCACACGGUGAUUGAUUGCGCAACAGGGCGGCCGGAAGAACCUAUCAGAACAGUUGAUUGGGACGGAAAGGUUGCUUUGAUUCAAUGUGCGCAAGCAAUGGGCAUCCAGCGUUUCGUUUUCUACUCGAUCCACAACUGCGAGAACCACCCGGAGGUCCCACUGAUGGAAAUCAAAAGGUGCACGGAGAAAUAUAUUGCGGACUCGGGAUUGAAUUACACCAUCAUCCGACUAUGCGGGUUCAUGCAGGGUUUGAUAGGACAGUAUGCUGUUCCAGUUCUAGAAGACAAGUCAGUGUGGGGAACUGAUGCUCCCACCAGAAUCGCUUACAUGGACACCCAGGAUGUUGCGCGACUAACUAUGGCAGCCCUCCGAAACGAGAAAGCGGAGAGGGAGACGAUGACUUUGGCUGGCCCCCGUGCUUGGACUACCCAAGAGGUUAUCAGCUUGUGCGAGCGGUUAGCUGGGCAGGACGCUAAGGUGACGACUGUCCCCGUGGGUGUACUGAAGACGACACGUUUGUUGACUCGGCUCUUUCAGUGGACAACCGACGUUGCCGACCGAUUGGCUUUCUCUGAGGUACUCACGAGCGACACUGUAUUUUCAGCACCAAUGACGGAAACCUACGCAAUGUUAGGAGCAGAUCCCAAAGAAACCACCACUUUGGAACUUUAUCUGCAGGAGUACUAUGGACAGAUUCUGAAGAAGUUGAAGGAUUUGAAGGCAUCAUCCAAGCAAGGAGACUAUUAUCUAUAGAGCCUGUUAGCCAGCUACCACCUUACCUCGCUUUCAGCUUAGGUCGUCAUUGGCUUGUACCGCAUGCAUCCCAGAGUGUUAAUUCUGUACCAAUUCCAUUCUUUAUUUGCAACAGAGAGACCAACUCAAUGCUAGUGAAACGCUUGUGCAACUUUCACUACCUUCCUGCGUGGCUCCGACUUGGUUUUACAAUUCAUAGAGAGGAUCUAGUUUAUUUGUCGAAAUUUGCUGUAAAUUCGGCCCUGUUUCGAUAAAGGAUGAUGCAAUGACAUUUUCAACAGUCAAGCAGUAGACGUUUGCAAUCA